AGCCCGCCCCUGUCUUUACGGCAGGCCGCUUUCCACGCCUCCAAUAUGGCGUCCUCCAUUUAGGCAGGGGCCGUGGUUUCUACCCAGAUGGCCGGGGACGGUGCUGAGCCGGGGCUGUUGUGUAUCUAGCCCAUGCUGCAGAAAGCUGCAGUGAAAGUUCCUUUCUAUUCUCGGCUCCAGGAACCCACCCCGCUCUGAGGCGCUGCUUCUAAUUAGUCCCUGCAAGUUCCUCCUCUGCCCCUGGUUUGUUCCCCGCGCCACCUCCGGACACCCCCAGGUCCCUGACACUGUCAGACUCAAACUAUGAGCCUUCGGCAGCGGCUGUUUCGCUUGCCCCGUUAUCUCGGGGCCUCGGGUUCCCCGCGUCGCCUGUGGUGGUCCCCGUCCCUCGACACCAUCUCCUUGGUGGGCUCCUGGCGUGGUCAGUCUUCCAGGUCCCCAGCCCACUGGAACCAAGUGGUGUCAGAGGCAGAGAAGAUCGUGGGCUAUCCCACGUCCUUUAUGAGCCUCCGUUGCCUGCUGAGCGACGAACUCAGCAACAUCGCUAUGCAGGUGCGGAAGCUGGUGGGGACUCAGCACCCUCUGCUUACCACAGCCAGGGGGCUUGUGUACGACAGCCGGCAUAACCUGCAGUUGAGGGGCUUGGUGGUGCUACUUAUUUCUAAAGCAGCUGGGCCGAGCAGCAUGAAGGCUUCAUGUCAGAACUAUGACAUGGUCAGUGGGAUCUACUCGUGUCAAAGAAGUUUGGCAGAGAUCACAGAACUUAUCCAUACUGCUCUCCUUGUACAUCGUGGGAUAGUAAAUUUAAAUGAAUUGCAAUCUUCUGAUGGGCCACUGAAAGACAUGCAAUUUGGAAAUAAAAUAGCUAUCCUGAGUGGAGACUUUCUUCUAGCAAAUGCCUGCAAUGGACUAGCUCUGCUACAGAACACCAAGGUUGUGGAACUUCUAGCAAGUGCCCUUAUGGACUUGGUACAAGGAGUAUACCAUGAAAAUUCUACUUCAGCAAAGGAAAAUUAUAUCACAGAUGAUAUUGGAAUAUCGACUUGGAAGGAGCAGACUUUUCUCUCCCAUGGUGCCUUAUUAGCAAAGAGCUGCCAAGCUGCAAUGGAAUUAGCAAAGCAUGGUGCUGAGGUUCAGGAUAUGGCAUUUCAGUAUGGGAAGCACAUGGCCAUGAGUCAUAAGAUAAAUUCUGAUCUCCAGCCUUUUAUUAAAGAAAAGACCAGUGACUCCACAACUUUUCAUCUGAACUCAGCUCCCGUAGUCUUACAUCAGGAGUUUCUUGGAAGAGAUUUGUGGAUUAAGCAGAUCGGAGAGGCUCAAGAGAAAGGAAGAUUAGACUAUGCUAAGUUGCGAGAAACAAUCAAAGCUGGCAAAGGUGUGACUUCAGCUAUUGACCUGUGUCGUUACCAUGGAAACAAGGCACUGGAGGCCCUGGAGAGCUUUCCUCCCUCGGAGGCCAGAUCUGCUUUAGAAAACAUUGUGUUUGCUGUGACCAGAUUUUCAUGACACCAAAUUAAAAAGACACUAUUGUUCAUCAGCUGAAAAAACUGGGGAAAGAGGUGAUCGGGAGAGCUUUCUUGAUGAAAUAUCUAAAUGUGUUAAUGACUUUAAAAACGUAUACAUUUUUUUCUUCCUUUUAUCAAAUUGCUAAAUGAAUGCUGCCUUCUUUUUGGAACUGCUACAAACAGAAUUAGAAGAAAAAAAGGUCAAGCAGUUUUCACUUGUCACGCCAGAAGCACACUUGAGGCUGCAGUAGCAGAAAUAAUUAAUGAGAUUCGCUCCUGUGACCUCAGCAAAUGGACAGGAAAUAAGUCCUUAUUGAUUGGACCGAGCAGGGAUGGCGCC